AGAGUCAGGCCACAAACGCGAGAAUCUGCCUCAUGAUGAGCUCGCCUGAUCUACAUCGGAGUUUAAAGCGGACAAUGCCCCAGUUUAGCCGAUCUCCAGGGCUGAUGCUUUUUCCGAAGGACGGUGGUUUUGUGCUGUACGACCCUAAAGAAGACAAUAUCCAGAGGAACGUGGGAGACUUUCCAGAGUGUAGAUUCCUGGCAAACUCGGGUAACUGGCUCUUGGUGUUAGAUUCUGGAUCCAGUUUAUAUAUCAUAGACGUGUUUAGUAAGGAAACGAUCCCUCUUCCGUCUCUAGAGUCGAUUGAGUCAGCUGAUUGUAUUGUCAAGCGCGUGGGAGAUAGAGAAUUUAUAAGGGAGGAGUCUGGCGCUAUUUACAAGGAUCUGAGUGCUGAUGUGGUGAGGGGACUUUUGUGGGUUUCCGAGAGUGGAAAAGAGUACGUCGUGUUGUGGCUCUUCGACCUCCCUGGCCACUCUUACAUGAGCUUCUGCAAGAAUGGGGAUUCUCAUUACACUGACAUUCCUCUCGUUUUCGAUGACUAUGCCUUUCACAAGUAUGAUGGCUUGUCGGAUAUGGUGCUACGUGGUACCCGCCUCUACGUCUCAACAAGUCGUCGUUUUGUUCGAGUCUUUGAUCUGUCUGGACCGCAAGGUUUCUUCAAGGACAUUACCGGUCAAACACCAUUCCCAAUGCUUUCUCGUCAUGAUUACGCCUACGAUUCUAGCAUUGCGGUUACAACAUCAUCAGGAGAGGUUUUGUUGGUUGAGAGUGAUCCAUCCAAUAGGACCUGGUUCCGCCUCUACAAGAAGGAUCCUGAUGUAGAAGAUCCAGAUCACGCCUGCCACACGGUUACUGAGGUACAUUCUCUUGGUGGUGAGGCACUGCUUCUUGACUUGGGUUUCACUGUGCCUGCUAACAAGGCCCUUGGUAUCAAACCAGACUCCAUCUAUUUCACCCGACACUUUCGUCCCUGCCAUUGCUCACCUCGCGACCUUGACAUCUGUGUGUACAAUCUUGCAACCAAGUCCCUCGUUCGCUUUCCCGGUCUUGACAAGAUGAAUCUCAUGGAUGCUCGAUGGUUUCUCCCUGGGAAUUAGUUCUUUCUUCUUGUGGUAUUUUCCUUUUAUUUAUACUUUUGAAUAACAAUUAUGGUGUUGACUUACUUCCCCUCUGUUUAGUUAACUAAACAUCAACAUACUUAUAUCUUGCUGGACAUUUUGUUUACAUUAAGACCUAGUGAGUGGUGGAGAGAAUGAGAAUGAAGCCGGUCAUCAACAUACUUAUAUGAAUUAAAGAUAAACAAAACCUGUUUAGUAGUUUACAAUUUGAUAACUUAAUAGUUAUAACGAGUGAGUUUUAACCUGCUGUAGACCGGGUGGAUAUGCCAAGAAGGAGAAUUCAAGAAUGUGAGGUUGGAGAUUUGGAUACCAUCGGAAUUCAUAAUCUCAAUCAAAUAUGGUCUUGUGUAUUUCAAUUCUUCUCUCUUGAAUUUUCCCCACCAUGGACCAUCGGAAUUCUCCUUAUCCAUCAACCGUGCCAUUCUCACCUUUCAAUUCAAAAAAUUGCAAUUCGGUUUAGGAAAUCUUUUGGAUAUUCUUGGUUAAUUUCAGUGUUUU